GGAGGCGCCCAGGAGGAGCUGUGGUGAGGGUGUCCUGUGCUGGGGAGCCCAAUGGCACGUGCUUGAUGCCAAUGCAGUGUCCAUAGGCUCUGGCACACCCGGGACAUGGAUCACAGCGCUGGGACAGGUCCAUAGGGCUCCCCAGCAGGCGCCAGGCGAUGGCAGGAGCUCAGGUGGGGCUCCUGGGAACCUUCCCAGAGCCCCCGGUUGGGCCGUGCCCUGUCUCUGAUUCCGACUCCGACUUCGAGGACGCGGCUGUGGGUGGCACAGGACCCGGUGCUGGGGCACAGAACCCCUCCCAGGUCAUCCACAGCGGCCACUUCAUGGUGUCGUCCCCGCACAGCGACGCGCUGCCCCGGCGGCGGCACCACCGCACCAAGCCCGAGCCGGCUGAUCCCCGGAGCAUCGACCCGACCCUCACCCGGCUCUUCGAGUGCAUGAGCCUGGAGUACAGUGGGAAGCUGGUGUCACCCAAGUGGAAGAAUUUCAAGGGGCUGAGGCUGCUUUGCCGGGAUAAAAUUCGUCUCAACAACGCAAUCUGGAGAGCGUGGUACAUCCAGUAUGUGGAGAGGAGGAAGAACCCCGUGUGUGGCUUCAUCACCCCUCUGGAGGGAUUGGAGGCUGAUGAGCACCGAAAACCAGAGGCUGUUGUGCUGGAGGGGAACUACUGGAAGCGCCGCAUCGAGGUGGUGAUGAGGGAGUACCACAAGUGGAGGAUCUACUACAAGAAGCGGCUCCGAAAGUCCACCCGGGAGGGAGAGAUCUCCAGUCCAAAGCAGGAUGAGGGUGUCUGGAGGCCAACAGAGAAAUGGUGCAAUCAGCUCUUCUGCAACGUGGUGCCAAUGCUGCUUGGGGAUGAGGAAGAGGAGCCUGGGAGCAGGCAGCACUUUGACUUGGACACCUUCCUCUCAGACAUAUCUGACACGCUCUUCACCAUGACACAGAUGCCCAGCACUCACCAGGCACUCCCCGAGGACGCGUACAUUGGGAAUGCAGACAUGAUACAGCCGGAUUUGGCACCCCUGCAGCCCAGCCUGGAUGAUAUGGACAUCUCAGAUCUCUUCUUCAGCCACCGAACAGCCCCAUCACAGACACAACUGGGCUACCAGGAGCCAUCCUGCUUCUUGCCCAUGGCCGAGCCCCUGUUUGAUGCCGGGGAGUCCCUGAUGGGUUCUAGGGGGCUGCCUGCAAGCCCUGAGGCCCCACUGUCACCCGGCACCCUCCUCCAGGUGAGCAGAAUCCCAGCCCACAGCCGGUGGCUGCCGGUAUCCCAGCCACCCUCCCUGAUGCUCCGAUGUCUCCCACAGCCCAGCAGCGCCUCCCAGCUCAGCCUGCACAGCGCCUUCCUGGGCCCCGAGCUGCCCCCGGCCCCCCUGCCCCCCGAGCCCCCCUCUGCAGUGCCCAGCAGCUUCAGCCCCCAGCUCCGACACAAGCUCCCGCUGCAGUACGACCUCCCCACCAAGUGCCUCAGCCUGGAGCCACCAGGACCCCACUACAUCCCCCCCAUCCUGUCCCCUGGGGCACCACUACCGAGCCCAGACUCCCCCUUCUCCCCCGCCUCGGCCCCCCGCUCCAAGUUCCCCUACGCCAGCUCCCCUGGCCCCUCUCUCCUCACCCACCCUGCCUCCCCCCUCUCAGCCCCCUGCUUCACCCCCCACACCCCGGGGCUGGGCUACCCCACAGGCAUGGUGCCCCCAGGGUACCCCGGCCCUGCUGCCCCCCAGCUCCUGCCCCCUGCCCUGCUGGGCGACCCCAGGUUUGCCCCCCCCAAGGGGCUGCCCCAGGGUGGGGGGGGGCGGCCCAAGGCAAAGCCUGGUGGCACCAAGGCGAGGAGGCUGCCAGGACCCACCAUGCCCCACCUGCCUGUGUCCAACCCCUGCCUGAGCCAGUUGCUGACCGCAGCCAAGCAGGACCCAGCCCUGGACGCCCCUCGCCCGAUGGGUGCAGGACUCAUGCCCAUGGCCCCUGUCUCCCCGCAGAGCACUGUUCCCGAAGUCCCUGCCACCUUCCUCUCCAGAAUGGCCCAGCUGAGCCCAGGACUGGCUCCUGGCUCCAGCCCUUCCCCAGUGGUGCCGGUGCCACUGGCAGGCAUGCAACCGGGCUCCCUGAGAGUCCCCAAGGCAGAGCAGCUGUCUCCCACCUCAGCUUGUGACAGCAACUGGCGCAAGCCCAGCCAGGCUUCUCCAGGACCCACUGCAGGGCUGGGCACUGGCACCUCUGUGCACCACCCCGUGUCCCGUCGGGGCAGGCCUGAGUCCAACAAGCUGGAGAGCCGCCGCAUCACGCACAUCUCCGCCGAGCAGAAGAGGCGCUUCAACAUCAAGCUGGGCUUCACCACGCUGCACAGCCUGGUGAGCACGCUGAGCACCCAGCCCAGCAUCAAGGUCAGCAAGGCCACCACCCUGCAGAAGACAGCUGAGUACAUCUGCAAGCUGCAGCAGGAGCGGGCGGCUCUGCAGGAUGAGGCACAGCGGCUGCGGGAGCAGAUUGAGGAGCUCAACAGCUCCAUCAACCUGUGCCAGGAGCAGCUGCCGGCCACGGGGGUGCCCAUCACGCGCCAGCGCUUCGACCACAUGCGCGGCAUGUUCGACGAGUACGUCCGCUCCUCCACACUGCAGAACUGGAAGUUCUGGAUCUUCAGUAUCAUCAUGCGGCCCCUCUUUGAGUCCUUCAAUGGGAUGGUGUCCACGGCAAGCAUGGAGAGUCUCACCCAGACAUCCCUGGCCUGGCUGGACCAGCACUGUUCCCUCCCAGCACUUCGGCCAACCGUCCUGAGCUCCCUGCGGCAGCUGAGCGUCUCCACUUCCAUCCUCAGCGACCCUGCCCGUGUCCCCGAGCAGGCGGCGCGGGCGGUGGCGGCGCUGGGACGCGGCGCCUCCUCCUCCUCCUCCUGACUGCCCCAGGAGGGCGGCCCGGGGGCUCCGGGGGUCCCAGCCGGGGCUGCGAGGGGGCUGUCCCCAUCUUCCCCCCCGAUAAAGGACUCGCUGUGCCAUG